AUGUCUGGCUGGCUCUCACGCAAGAGCUCCGAGCAGCACCUUGCUCCCCUCUCCCCCCUGAACCGCGCACUCUCUGUCCGCUCGAACAAGAGCCAGGCCGCCUCCAGCGGCGGCCGCAAGGGCUUCUCCUUCUCGUCCCUGCGCGGCACGACGCAGCCCGAGCUGUCCAAGAAGCUGUACCGGCUCAUCAAGUCGGAGAACAACCUCAUCUCGGCCCACGAGGCCGCCGCCAAGGAGCGCCUGUCCAUCGCGACGCAGCUGUCGGAGUGGGGCGAGCAGACGGCCGACGACGCCAUCUCGGACAUCAGCGACAAGAUCGGCGUCGUGCUCAGCGAGAUUGGCGAGCAGGAGGACAACUACGCCCACGCCCUCGACGACAGCCGCGGCGUGCUCAAGGCCAUCCGCAACACGGAGAAGAGCGUGCAGCCGAGCCGCGACGGCAAGGACAAGAUUGCCGACGAGAUCGCCAAGCUCAAGCUCAAGGAGCCCCAGAGCCCGAGGCUGGUCAUCCUCGAGCAGGAGCUCGUUAGGGCCGAGGCGGAGAACCUUGUCGCAGAAGCCCAGUUGACCAACAUUACACGCCAAAAGAUGAAGGAGGCGUACGAAGCCGAGUUUGCCGCCACGAUCGAGCGGGCCGAGAAGCAAAUCAUCCUGGCUCGCCACGGCCGGCGUCUUCUCAGGCUGCUCGACGACGCGCCCAUGGUCCCCGGCGACACCCGCCCCAGCUACACGCACUCGUCGGCCGCUCGCCAGAUCCUCAACGAUGCCGAGGACGACCUGCGCGAGUGGCGCGCCAGGCUCGACGACGACGUCGAUGACAACUCGUCCAUCCAGGCCGGCUCGAUCAACCACCAGAAGGAGAAUGCGACCCUGGGUGGAGGCGUCGACACUGAGAGCGCAGUAGGAACGACGUCACAUGCCACUACAGUUCUUGUCUGCAUGCUCCGUGAACUUGGAACUAGCGACAGACACGCCCAGAAGUACAGACUACCUACGCCUUUGGUCAUCAAGGAACUUGAGAAGGCUCGACAUUCUCUUAUCUUGUGCCUGCUCGAGCGGUACACCAACAUGUUGGCCACACGGACGUCACGGUAUGUCUGCCGGAGCUGCAGCUCUCGCCUUACCUCCUCCGCUCGACGUCGUGGGUUCGCAAGCGCCUCCAAUGCCGAUAUCUACGACGUGGUCUGCGUCGGCGGCGGCCCUGCCGGCCUGAGUCUUUUGACUGCUCUUCUAGUUACUUACCAUUUAUGCCCGGGCAACACAGGCUCCAACCCCGUCACGGCCGGUCUCCGCACCGCCCUCGUCGAAGCCCAAGACUUGUCCAAGCUGCGGGCGUGGAACCUCCCGCAGGACCGCUUUUCCAACCGCUGCAGCUCGCUCACGCCGGCCUCGGCCAGGUUCCUCGACAGCAUUGGGGCGUGGCGGCAUCUGAAGAGGGAGAGGGUGCAGGCGUACCAGGAGAUGCAGGUCUGGGAUGGCGUGACCGACGCGCGCAUCGAGUUCGACUGGGCCCGCGGCGGCCAGGAGGCAGAGGCCGCCGGCAACAACGGGGGCACGAUUGCGUACAUGGCCGAGAACCUCAAUCUACAGUCCGGCCUGCUGCGCCGCCUCGACGAGCUCGGCGGAGUGUCCAUGUUUGACAAGGCGAAAGUCGAGAGUAUCGGCUACGGACAGGAGACGGAAGAGCUGGACUUGUCUGGCUGGCCGGUGGUCCACCUCGACGGUGGCAAGCAGCUCACGGCCCGGCUGCUGGUCGGCGCCGACGGCGCCAACAGCCCUGUCCGGUCGUUUGCCGGCAUACAGGCGCGGGGCUGGGACUACGAGAGGCACGGCGUCGUCGCGACCCUGCAGCUCGCCGGCGACGGCUGGGGCGGUGACCAGCACAAGAUCGCCUACCAGCGGUUCCUGCCCACGGGCCCCGUCGCCAUGCUGCCCCUCCCCGGCAACCUCUCCACCCUCGUCUGGUCGACGACGCCGGAGAACGCGGCGAUACUGAAGCGGCUCGCGCCGGCGGACUUUGUCGCGCUCGUCAACGCCGCCUUCCGGCUGCCCCCCGUCGACAUCGCGUACAUGCACACCAUGGCCUCGGGCCACCAGGACGAGCUGGCCUGGCGGCUGGAGCACCAGCCCUGGGCGCCGGCGCACCCCGACGCCCCGGGCGUGCCGCAGGCCGUCGUCGGCGUGCAGGAGGGCACCGUGGCCUCGUUCCCGCUCAAGCUGCGCCACGCGGACGGCUACGUCGGCGAGCGGCUCGCGCUCGUGGGCGACGCCGCGCACACGGUGCACCCGCUCGCCGGCCAGGGGCUCAACUCGGGCCAGGCCGACGUCGAGAGCCUGGCGCGGGCGGUCGGGUUCGCCGCCGCGCACGGGCAGGACCUCGGCGCGCGCACGGCGCUCGAGCCCUACGAGUCGGAGCGCUACGCCGCCAACCACGUCCUGCUCGGCGUCUGCGACAAGCUGCACAAGCUGUACUCUGUCGGCAGCGGCCCGCUCGUGCCGCUGAGGUCGCUGGGCCUGUCGGCCGUCAACGCUCUGGGCCCCCUGAAGGAUUUCUUUAUGAGGCAGGCUGCUGGGAGCGGGGCUAAGUUGUUUUGA